AAAGCGCGACGACUCUCACACGCUCUCACACACGCCUCCAGGACGCAUGCCGCAGAGAGUGGACCGAACCCGGAGCACAGUGACAGAGCCGCGCGAAGCCCGGGGACGCAACGCUGUGGCGCGUAUUUGGCGCUCAACAGGAGCUUUGUCAAGAUUUGGGAGGUGUUGUGGAGGACUUGGGCAGGAAAGAGGAACCAUCCCUGUGCGCAAAAUACGCGUGGACUUACCAGACCCGUGGACUUGAGACCACCACCAGACGCCAGAAUCCGCUCAUUUUUGCUUGAUUCCUCGUUUGAUUCCGUGUGUCACCGAUGGACACGCGUCCUCAGAUGGUCCGAUAGACUCGGUGACAUGUAGUUGUCACGCGUGUCUCCAUCAAUGGUUGAAGUUGGAUUAUUGAACUGGCGUGGAUAUUGUUGAACUCUAAUUCCUCAGAGGAGCUCUCGCCUGCUAUUUGUCACCUCUGAAGUGGAAGCAAUUGAAAGUUCCAGCGCUCCUCCAGGAUGGAUUUGUCGUGGUCUUUGGUUGGAUUGCUACUGGCCAUGUGUCACCUCUCUCCGGCCCCGGCGGAAGAAACAUCAGAGUGCAGAGGAGUCUUCGACGCCAGUGAGGCGGGCUACAUCACCUCCCCUGGUUAUCCUCUGGAGUACCCCCCUCACCAGAACUGUCAGUGGGUCAUCACUGCACCAGAGCCCUCGCAGCGCAUCGUCCUCAACUUCAACCCGCAUUUUGAGAUUGAACGUCUGGACUGCAAGUAUGAUUUCAUUGAAAUCAGGGACGGGACUUCAGAGAACGCAGAUCUUCUGGCUCGACACUGCAGCAACAUCGCCCCUGCGCCUAUCAUCUCCUCCGGACCCUCCCUCCAAAUCAGAUUUGUUUCUGACUACGCACACCAGGGGGCUGGUUUCUCUCUGCGCUACGAGAUCUUUAAAACAGGGUCGGAAUUCUGCUUCCGCAAUUUCACCAGCAGCGCCGGCGUGAUCGAGUCGCCAGGCUUCCCAGAUAAAUACCCCCACAAUCUGGAGUGCUCCUACAUGAUCAUCGCCCCACCUCACAUGGACAUCACGCUCACAUUCCUCACCUUCGACCUUGAGAACGACCCCCUACUGGUGGGGGAGGGCGACUGCAAAUAUGACUGGCUGGAUGUGUGGGAUGGACUCCCGCAAGUGUCUCCGCUCAUCGGCCGCUACUGCGGCACCAAGAUCCCCCCGGAGAUCCAGUCGUCCUCCGGGCUUCUGUCUCUGUCCUUCCACACUGACAUGGCGGUGGCCAAAGAUGGCUUCUCCGCUCGCUACAACAUGACACGCAAAGAAGUCAGCGACUCGUUCCACUGUAGCACGGCCCUGGGAAUGGAGUCGGGGAAGAUCAGCGAUGAUCAGAUCUCUGCCUCCUCGUCCUUCUACGACAACCGGUGGUUGCCCCGGCAAGCCCGCCUCAACAACGGGGACAACGCCUGGACACCCGCCGAAGACAGCAACAAAGAGUACAUACAGGUGGAUCUCCAGUUCCUCAAAGUGUUGACCGGGAUCGCCACGCAGGGAGCCAUAUCGAAGGAGACGCAGAAGUCGUACUACGUCACCUCCUUCAAGCUGGAGGUCAGCACCAAUGGAGAAGACUGGAUGGUCUAUCGCCACGGCAAAAACCACAAGACUUUCCAUGCCAACACGGAUCCUGCUGAGGUGGUUCUGAACCGAGUCCCACUGCCGGUAUUGGCUCGGUUUGUGCGAAUCCGACCCCAAACUUGGAAGAAUGGCAUCGCCCUGCGCUUCGAGCUCUACGGAUGCCAGAUUACAGAUGCCCCGUGUUCGGAGCUGCAGGGACUUCUCUCCGGUUUGCUUCCAGACAACCAGAUCGCAGCCUCAUCCAGCAGGGACAUGAUGUGGAACCCGGCGACCGCCCGCCUGGUGGCCAGUCGCUCCGGCUGGUUCCCUGCCCCGCCACAGCCGCUCGCUGGAGAGGAGUGGCUUCAGGUGGACCUCGGGAUUCCUAAAACGGUGCGAGGAGUGAUCACACAAGGGGCGAGGGGCGGCGACGCGACGAGCGGAGCAACAACUGAGAACCGAGCGUUUGUCCGGAAGUAUAAAGUUGCCUACAGUGCCAACGGAAAAGAGUGGAACUUCAUCAUGGAUAGCAAGACCAGCCUUGCAAAGAUCUUCGAGGGGAAUACUCACUAUGACACGCCAGAGCUGCGGCGCUUCGAUGAGAUUGUUGCUCAGUAUGUUCGCCUGUAUCCAGAGCGAUGGUCUCCAGCUGGGAUCGGAAUGAGAGUGGAAAUCCUGGGAUGUGACCUUCCAGAAGUCUCCACCCCGGCCAACACCAUGACGCCCACCCUGCCCACCGGUGUGGAGACCACCACCAUCCCCGCGUCCACAACUGUCGCCACCAGCCCUCCCUCAAACACCGGCUGUGACUUUGAGCAGAGCAUGUGUGGGUGGACCCACGACCCCACCGCUCCUCUUCUGUGGUCUCUACACAGCAGUGAGCUGAACAGCUACCUCUACGUGGACGCCAGUCUGAAGACAGAAGAACAGCGAGCCAGAAUCCUCAGCCCCAUGGUGGCAGCCGACACGGGACCUCUCUGCCUCCUCUUUUACUACCAAAUGACAGGGGAAGCCCAGGGCCACCUCAGGGUCCUUCUGCGUGACGCACACAAUGAGGAGACCCUGUUGUGGACACUGAAGGAUGAUCAGGGUCCAGUCUGGAAGGAAGGGCGCACCAUACUUCCACGGUCUCCCAAAGACUUCCAGGUCGUAAUGGAAGGUUUCUUCACGCAUGGCACAGUGGGACACAUCUGGAUCGACAACAUCCGCAUCAGCUCAAGCACACCUCUGGAGGAAUGCACACAACCCAUCGCUGCGUUUUCACCUGAAAUGACCGGGGGAGGCGUUCCUGUGCCUCCCUUCCCUAUCCACUGGUAUUACAUUAUGGCCGCCGGAGGCGCCCUCCUACUCCUGGCAGUAGCCAUCUUGGUCAGAGCGCUCUGUUGCUGCCGCCAACACCUAGCCACCAAGAAGAACCAGCUGUCAGUGGCCUAUCACAGCUCCUCUCAGUGCUUCCAGUACUCUAACUGGUCGACCAGUAUGGCUGCCCCAGGAGUGGAGCCGGUCCUGACAGUGCGGCUGGACAGCCGAGACAGACACCGAACCCUCUGCUGAAGACCUUUUAGGCAGGAAGGUGAUGUCUGUAAUGUGAACGGCAGGACAUGUGAAGGAAGCCACUGGAUCUUGGUGAUGACCGCAUGGAUGUUGUCCAAAACUGCCACCGAAGUAAACACUGUGCUCCCUCUCCUGCCAAUGGAUUAAUGGUUGUUGCCUUUCUUCCAUUGUGGCUGUUGACAUCUCACACCAUUACGCUCCUGAAGUGAGGACUCAAGUACGUUAUUUACCCAAACAGUCUGUUCCGGACCGUUGAGUGUCAUCUGGCCGGUCGUAAGCUCAGCGGUGCUUCUGGAAUGGACCCAGCGUGGACAAACACACAAACGUGUCGGCUGGGAAAGAGACUGGGGGGGAGGAGGGGGUUGCUUAAGCUUUUCGACGGUGGGAGCCAGCCAGAGUUACAGACUGAAACGAGACCCCAGAGACUGGCGGCGCUCUGUUGAGAAGGGGGGAGAAGAAUACUGACGCUAGAUACUUCUGAGGAGUCACCAAGGAGAACCGGUCCUUUUCAACAAAGCAUGUUCACAUUUAGAAACGGAAUGCAAAUCCAUCAUACUUAAAAUCCUGCAUAGCAAACGGUGAUAACCAACAUGUCUGUCCUCCUCUUGAUAAAUGCCUCAGUCAGUGAUGGAUGCCACCGUCCGCCAUGUUUAGUGUUUCAUCUUGAUUAAUAAAGCACACACUCGCAGCCUCACUGAAUACCAGCCGCCCGCCCGUGAUCUCACGUCUCUGAGCGCCGAGCCAGCUCAUGUUGUGUUGCCACUCUUGGUGCAGUUCGUCCAGUAAAUAACGCGUUUCUCCUGCGACAGCUGGAAGCCAUAUAAGCUUAUUGUUGGGAUGUUUAGUGGACACUGUCUGAGAAAGAAAUCAGAGCCUUGAUGUCUAAACUCCUGUGUGCCAUACCUGAGCUACCGUCAAGUUUUGUCCGCAUUUAAGGAACUCUCACUCUGUGGGCUUUUCUCCAAAGUGUCCAACCGCCUGUGACAUCAGGCGGAAUGUUGUCACUUGCCACUACUCACUUUGUUGCUUUGUACUUUCUCCCCUGAGUUUUUGGCUCCACUUCCCCCAGGUGCUUUUAAAUCAACUCUGUAAGGAGGGAUUGGACACCAGCCUCAAAAGCUCCUAGUCUCUAAUAGGUGUAAUUACUUAAUGGACAGAUAACAUUUAUUAAGGCUGCGGUAAGCACUUCUCUCUCCAUCCACCCGCGCCAUCUACUGCCAACCUCAGUUGCCCUGGAAACAGUAUUUAUUACACCAUUGGCCAUCCAAGACCUUCACAUCUAGACAUGUGCCUUGCCAAGAAGCUAUUCCUGUAAGCUUGCCAACUGCAGAACAUACACACACCCACACAAGGAGACACAAACACACACUGUGUGUAGACCCACUUGACACACUCACAAGGAGUUCUUGAAAUCUGUAAAAAUGCUGCAAUCUUUGCUGUUUUCAGUUGUUGUUUUUGCACUUGUGACAUAUGACAGUUUUGAGUUACUGGCAAUGUCGUGAGUCACUUGUUCACACGUCAAUGUACUAUCAAAGUCUCUUAAAUGCUCGAUCAACUAUUAGGGCCACGCACAGAGCGUGCUUGUGUGUUUUUAAAUGGAAGCUCGAGAAUUGUUAGAGCGUUACGUUCAGCCAUUGAAAGUGGGUUUCUUUACUGGCUCUGCGCGUGGCCCCAGUCGUCGGUCCUGAUGUUGGUGUUGACAAGUGGAGUUUCUUGCAUUUUCUUGGAAUGAACAGUCUUAUAUCAGCAGUAUGUCAUGUGACAACAGUGUCUUUGACCAGAAUGUGUCGUCACGAUGUUUCUGUGUCAAUAAAGUCAUAUUUUUCUAUCACACACUUUUGUGUGGGGGUUUGUACAUACGUCCAUCGAUAAGUGUGACAUUGUUUUCUUGUGUUUUUACUGAAAAGUAGGCUUUU